AUGGCUUCAUUCUUACCAGCCGUUUGGGCAAUGAUCUUGGACGUGCUCCUGUUCUGGUGGACUAAAAUCAUCAGCUGGUUUACGCGUAAGCGGCCCGUACAGGUCUGGUUUGACAUUCUUCGAGACGCGCAGACCUUCGACGAGUGGGAAGAAGCAGCACUUCAACUAGAUGUCUUGCUUGGGAACGACUUAUGGCGUCAAAACCCUACCUCGAAAUACUACGACUACCGACUGAUCCAUGAACGAUUACAAUCCAUCAUAAUUGCUCGGGAAGAGGGAGACAUUUUGCAAUUGGUAAACCUGCUCCGAUCGGGUCUGGUUCGGAACUUGGGAAACAUAUCAACACCAAGGCUGUUCAAUAGGGCCUUCGCAGGAACGAAGCUUCUCAUCGAAGACUACAUUACACAAGUUGCACAAGCCACAGCGGAUGUUACGAAGCUUCCGACAUCCCCUGGACCAGAUGGAAGCUCAGUUAUACCGGGUUUCAGUAGCCAAGCUAAGCUUGAUCUGCUCCACGACACAAGACAGGCUUUUGGAAGGAGUACCUUGGUUCUGCAAGGAGGCUCGAUUUUUGGUUUAUGCCAUCUGGGCGUGGUAAAAGCAUUAUUUUUCAAAGGGUUGCUGCCACGAAUAAUCACAGGUACUGCCACUGGGGCUCUGAUUGCUGCGCUUGUAGGAAUCCACACAGAGGAUGAAUUGCCAGAGUUUUUGAGUGGCGCGAGUAUCGAUCUUACGGCUUUCGCUAGCAAGGGAGCAGGAGAUGCUCCCAAUACAGCAAAUACAGCACACGAUGGCUGGCGGAGCACCUUGUCACGAAGAAUAAAGAGAUUCUGGAAGGAGGGCUACUUUUUGGAUGCCUCUGUGCUAGAAGAGUGUGUUCGAGACAACGUGGGAGAUCUCACUUUUGAGGAGGCUUAUAACAGAACCAAGCGUGUGCUCAACAUCACCGUUGCUACAUCCGGCAGAAGUGGUGUGCCCAACCUUCUGAAUUACUUGACAGCUCCAAACGUAUUGAUUUGGUCUGCUGCAUUAGCUUCUAAUGCAUCAUCACCGUCAUUAUAUGGCCGGCCUCCGACAUUAAAAUGUAAAGACAGCUCAGGCGCAAUAGUUCCAUGGUCUGCUGCAAGUGACACCACCUUUCGACCAUGGACCCACGUCUCUUACGCCGAUAGAGAUUCCCCAUUGACACGAAUCGCGGAAUUAUUCAAUGUUAAUCAUUUCAUUGUUUCUCAAGCUCGUCCGUACCUUGUUCCAUUCCUACAGAGUGAUAUGCAUGGCCCUUCGCCGGUACACACUCGACGGGGACGAACAUCCCUCACAGGUGGCCUUCUCAGACUGUUUACAAUGGAGCUCCACCACCGUCUCCAGCAACUUGACAGCCUCGGCUUUUUGCCUAUGUCUAUCAGAAGAUUUCUGGUUGACGAGCAUAUCCCAGCGGCAUCUGUCACAUUGGUUCCCGAAAUCUCUGUUGGAGACUUCUUACGAUUACUGGAAACUCCAACCCAAGCAAGUCUUGACUACUGGAUUCUGCGUGGAGAGAGAAGUGUCUGGCCAGCUGUGGGAGCUCUAAAGGUUCGAUGUGCAGUUGAAACGGAACUAGACCGUGGAUAUCAAAUUGUACGAAGGAGAAAGGCGGGCGGCUUGCGUCGGAGAGGAAGUGCCGUCGACAACGCGAAUGGAAGGUACUCUACAAAAGCACGAGAACGUGCUAAUAGCGCGGGUGCAAAAUAA